AUGAGCCUAUAUCCAAUAAAUAUUUUAAGAAAUGUAGCUAGAAAAUAUUCAAAAGGAAAAUAUAUAGUUAUUGCUGAUAUAGAUCAUAUGUUUUCAAAAGAUUUUCAUAAAAAAAUGUUAUCUACCGCAAAAAGAGAAUUAAAAGAUAAUAUUACUGCUGUUCUUGUAUAUAGAAUAUUUGAAAUAGACUAUGAAGAUUUAAAAUAUGGACCAAAAAAUAAAAAUGAUUUAAAACAAAUGAUAGAUAAUAAAAAAGCUUUCAUUUUUCAUCAUUCAUAUAAUGGUGCACAUGAUAUUUCAAAACUUGAUGAAUGGUUUUCUAUACCUGAUUCAUUGUCACCAUCAAUACAACAUGAAGAACCAUAUAAUAGAUAUAAUUGGGAACCACAAUUUGUUAGUUUAUCAACUAUACCAUUUCAUGAUGAACGUUUCCCCUAUCCUCAACGUGAUAAUACAAAUUUAAGAUGGGCUUUAUGUAUGGAAGGAUAUAAAUUUUUAAUUGUAAAUGAUGUAUUUAUGUAUCAUUUAGGAUUGAAAAAUAAAAAUGAAUCAAAAAAUGUUGAUAAAGCAAGAAAAUAUUCUAGAGAAAAAUAUGAAAAAGCAUUGGUAGAAUUUAAAAAAGAUAUGAAGCGAAAAUACUUAAAAGAUACUAAAAAAUGUAAUUUUUGA